GCAAAUGCGUAUACAUAGGGGGUUUUUAUAUUCAAAAACACUUAAAGACCUAACCAAGAUAAAUAAAAAAAGUAAUGGAAGAACAUUAUACUAAAAAGCUCAAGUUUUCAUUCCAGCCCCCUCCUGAGGCUUACACUUAUUGCCCCACAGAAGAGGAAUUCCGCGAUCCCCUAGAAUUUGUGAGAGCUAUCAAAUCAUCAGUCCUUUGGGAUAUGCAAAAUCAUUCCCCCUUCCAGCUGGAAACCACAUUUUGCGCUUGAUUCAAAUUCUUUUAAAUUUGACACCAGAAUUCAAGCUUUAGGUGAACUAGGUGUGGACGCCCGUCUUGAAUUACAAUUUUUAGAAAACUUAGAAAAGUACAAUAGUCUUAGAGGAGUACCCUUUACUCGCAGCUGUAAUGUCAGCAAAAAACCUCUUAACUUUUUUCAAUUGUACCGGGAAGUCAAUAAUAAUGGAGGUUUUAGUUCCGUGGUAAAAAAAAAAUUAUGGAUGAGAAUAGGGAAAAAGUUGGGGCUAAAUAAAACUACCUGCACUUCCAUGUCUAAUCAACUUCGUACAGCAUAUGAAAGAUAUAUUCUGCCUUUCGAAAAAUAUAAAAACGCUAUUUGCGAGCUUAAGGAGGAGCAUGAACAUUGCUUAAGCCUUAACAAAAAAAACUUCUCAGUUUACAAGAGGAAUAAACCCGAAAUCCCGGAUGACUGUCUCAGAGAUUGUUCUUUAAAGCGUUCAUCGGAGACUUCACCCGUCACUGUGUGUAAAGAUGAUAUUGAGAAAGAAAAAGUAGACUCCUAUGGAUUCCCCCCCGGAAGUCACUACACACUUACUACUUUCAAAAUUAAAGCGGACAACUUUAAAAAAAACUACUUCGGAACGUUGGCGGUACCUUCCAGCCAAGUAGAGUUGGAGUUUUGGGAUAUAAUAAAGCGGAGAAGAGCCGUUUCUGUAGAAUAUGGAGCCGAUUUGCAAACAUCCAAACUUGGGAGUGGUUUUCCAAGUGCUCGACACAUGACCGACCAUCUAAGUCAUUACGAUGCCUCGCAUGGUUGGAACUUAAACAACUUGCCGUUGCAUAAAAACUGCGUCCUUUCUGGCUUUGGCUCAAAUAUCUCCGGCAUGACGGUGCCGUGGCUGUACGUGGGUAUGUGCUUUGCGACGUUCUGCUGGCACGUUGAGGACCAUUAUACGUACUCUGUCAACUACCUUCACAAAGGCGACAAGAAAAUAUGGUACGGAGUCCCCGGGCAUGAGGGCGGAAACUUUGAGACUGUGGCACGCAAACUUAUGCCUGCUCUAUUCGAAGAGCAACCGGACCUGCUGUGCCAUCUAACAACCAUGAUCCAUCCGAAUGUCUUGAUGCAACAAGGCAUCCCGGUCUACAGGAUUGAGCAAAAUCCAGGAGAGUUUGUAAUUACGUUCCCUAGAGCGUAUCAUGCCGGUUUUAACCAGGGCUUCAACUUUGCAGAGGCGGUCAACUUCACUCCUGCUGACUGGAUUCCUUGGGGAAGGCAAUGUGUCAGUGACUACACAGCCAUUGGAAGGCACCAUGUCUUCUCUCAUGAUGAAAUGCUAUGCUUUAUUGCUUCCAAAGCUGUGGGUCUUACCCCUGAACUUGCAGCCUACGUCGCAGCAGACUUGUACACCUCUAUACAAUUAGAAAAGGAAGCAAGGAAGAAAUUUUUGGCGUACACUAAUUUUCCGCGGGACGCAAAAAUUUUGCAAACAGCUUCAAUAGAAUUUGAGAAAAUUCCUGAUGAAAAGCGAACCUGUAAAUAUUGUAGAUGCACAUGCUUCCUAUCUGCCGUUGUGUGUAUCUCCUGCGACAUCUACGCUGACUGCCACGUUGAAACAAUAUCCUUAUGGCACGCUCAGUCAUUUGCUCGCGAUCGACUUGUAGGAGGCGACUCGCAAGGCGGUUGCCUUUCGCCUUCUUGGAAGCACGUGAGUUGUCUGACGCAUCUGACUGACUUGUGCUCGUGUCCGCUUUCCAUGAAGUUCCUCCUGUACAGAUACACCAUGGAAGAGUUAAACGUGCUAUUAAUUAAUAUAUGCGGACGAAAUAAAGCUAGCGUCUGAGCGGGACAG